AUGCUGUUGCUAGCUACAAAAAUGGAAGCCAAAGUUGGAUUGAAGAAAUUGCUAAAAGCUGAAGAACUGCUCUUUGAUAAAUAUACUGUAGGACUUGGAUGCAGUGAUCUGAGUUUGAGUCUGAAUAAUAAUAACAACAACAACUCAGAAGAGGUUCACCAGAAUCAAGAACAGCCUAUCCCCUUACUCAAAUUAGGGUGGAUGGAAACGAAGGUAGAGGAGAUGAAGAAGGAGAAUCAGAUCUUGAGAUCUAUGUUAAAUCAAGUAACUCAACACUAUGCACUUCUUCACACUCAAUUCAUAACACUGACGCAGCAACAGAAACAGCAGCAAGAACUGUUUCCAUCACCAAAUAAAAUCAAUAAACAAAUUAUAGAGGAGGAUCAAUCAUCUGAAUUAGGUUCUUGCAGAAAAAAAGGUAGAGUGUCCAUUAGGGCACCGUCAAAUUUCUCAUUGAUGAGUGAUGGGUGUAGAUGGAGAAAGUAUGGACAAAAGAUUUCAAAGGUUAAUCCAUGUCCUAGGGCCUACUAUCGUUGCAAUAUGGGAGAAACAACACCAUGUCCAGUUCGUAAGCAGGUUCAAAGAUGUUCGGUUGAUGGGACAGUUUUCAUCGCAACCUAUGAAGGAAAUCAUAAUCACUCACUUCCACCAGAAGCCAGGUUGACAGCAAACACAACAUCAGCAGCAUUAAGCAUGUUUCUAUCUGGUUCAACCACCAGUUUACAUGGCAACACUCUCUCAAAUCCAUGUCUCUUCUCUCCAUCAACAUCAUCAUCAUCUUCUAGUAUUUCUUCUACCUCCACAGGCUUGUCUACUUUCUAUUCAUAUGCAUCAUCAUGUCCCACUGUAACAUUGGACUUAACCCAACCCUCUACAAACUUCUUCAAAUCCCAAACGCCCAUUUCUCCAAACCAGUACUACAGUACUCAUCAAUCUCAAGAGGAAUUGUGUUUGUCUUCUAAGCUUUCAAAUGCCAUGAUACCUUCAGAAAAAAACGUUCCCUUCAUGGAUGGUGUGAUUGCAGCUAUAAUAAAGGAUCCUUCUGUUAAGGCAGCAUUAGAUACAGCUGUUUCUUCACUCACUGGAGUAGUGUUGCAUCAGUGA